UAUGAAUGUAAACACUGUGGCAAGUGUUUUAGCAGAGUAGGGGACCAGAAAAGACAUGAAAGAGUUCAUACAGGAGAGAGGCCUUAUGAAUGUAAACAGUGUGGCAAGUGUUUUCAACGUCGAGGACAUUUGAGGAUGCAUGAAAGAGUUCAUACUGGAGAGAGGCCUUGUGAAUGUAAACAGUGUGGCAAGUGUUUUCAACAUACAGGAAAUUUGAGGAUGCAUGAAAGAGUUCAUACUGGAGAGAGGCCUUAUGAAUGUAAACAGUGUGGCAAGUGUUUUAAACAGACAGGAAUUUUGAGGAUGCAUGAAAGAGUUCAUACUGGAGAGAGGCCUUAUGAAUGUAAACAGUGUGGCAAGUGUUUUCAACGGAAAGGACAUUUGAGGAUGCAUGAAAGAGUUCAUACUGGAGAGAGGCCUGUUUUGUUUUUCAACAUACAGGAAAUUUGAGGAAAAAGAGUUCAUACUGAGGGAAUGUAAACAGUGUGGCAAGUGAAAGACAGUUUGAGGAUGCAUCAAAGAGUUCAUACUGGAGAGAGGCCUUAUGAAUGUAAACAAUGUGGCAACGGAAAGUUUGAAGGUUUCAUACUGGAGAGAGGCCUUAUGAAUGUAAACAAUGUGGCAAGUGUUUUCAUCAUACAGGAAGUUUGAGGAUGCAUGAAAGAGUUCAUACUGGAGAGAGGCCUUAUGAAUGUAAACAGUGCGGCAAGUGUUUUAAACAGACAGGAAGUUUGAGGAUGCAUGAAAGAGUUCAUACU